CCUCCUCCCUCCCCAACUCAGAGAGAUAGAAGCAGAGAGAGAGGAAGGAAGAGGUGGGGGGUCUCGGGUGAGUUUGCAGUGUGGGGUUUUUUGGGAGGGGGUGGAAAUGAUGGGGGGUUUUGCCGGGUUGAGGCGGGAGGGGGGGGAAGGGUUCUUUGGGAAGCAAGUUAAGAAGGGGAAAGUCUUCCCAGCUCCCCCUGCCCCCCUCCCGGGAAAAGACCCGCCCCCGCCUCGCCGAAGCCCCCCUCCCUCCUUGACAAGGCCACUCUGCCAGGCAAGCCUUUUGGGGAAGCACCCGCUUUGCAGGGCGCCUCCUCCUUUGCGUGUUUUAAACCGCCCAUAGAGCUGGAAGGGACCCCCAGGGGCUAUCCAGCCCAACCCCCGCAGGAAUCCCAGGCGAGGAAUCCCUGGCAUGUGGGCGAAAGAGAGUUAGCCCGUUCCUCCUUCAAACAGCUCUUAGUUGUUGUUGUUGUUUAGUUUAGUUUACUUGUUGUUGUUGUUGUGUCCGACUCUUCGUGACCCCAUGGACCAAAGCAUGCCAGUUUGAACUAAGCUCCCGCAGUUUGGUCAAGCUCAUGUUCGUAGCUUCUUUUUUUAAAAGAAUAUUUUUUAAAAAAUUAUUAUUUUCCUUAUACAAAUUUUACAAUACAAUACAAUACAAUAAAUUAAAAAUAUUUUUUUCCUUACCUGAGUUGAUGAUAUCCAUUUCCGCAGUCACACAAUCAAUCAUUCAGUAGCUGAAUUGGGUUCCACACAGUCACAAAAACAAAUUAACCGGAAAAGCCUCAAAAUUGGUGCAUGCGCCCCGGAAACAAUAGCCGACAGCCGCGUUGGACGUUCAGCUUCCGAAAAAUGUUCGAAAACCGGAACGCUUAGUUCCGGGUUUUCGGUGUUUGGGAACCAAGGCAUUUGAGAACCAAGGUACCACUGUAUAAAUAAUAUUCUUGGACUUGGGGGAGUGCUCACACCGCACUGCCUGAGAGGCGGCGCAGAGUAGUGGUUAGUGUGCUGGACUAGGACAUGGGAGAUCAGGAUUCAAAUCCCUGCUCACCCACGAAGCCCACUGGGUGACAUUGGGUCAGUCAGGCUGACCUACGCCGCAGGGUUGUUCUGAGGUGUGGCGUUUGCCCGUUCAUUUGAAAAUGUCUGUAUGGGGGGGGAGAAAGGGUUAAUAUGUAGACCAAUAGGAAAGCUGGAGGCGGAGCCUACCUGCUUAUAAAAGGGCUUAGCCCAGGUUGGUUUUAGUGGGUUGGUUGGUUGGGAAAAGCAGUUGGAAAAGCAGUUGGCAGGCAGUUGGAAAUAAGAGAGACAGUUAGUGCAGUUGGUUCUUGUGUGAGGGUAGGUAGAAGAGAUAGAGACAGGAUAAAAUACAGUGGUAACUCGCAAGACGAAUGCCUCGCAAGACGGAAAACCCGCAAAACGAAAGGGUUUUUGGUUUUUUGAGUUGCUUCGCAAGACGACUUUCCCUAUGGGCUUGCUUCGCAAGACGGAAACGUCUUGCAAGUGUGUUUCCUUUUUCUUAAAACCGUUAAUACAGUUGCGACUUGACUUCGAGGAGCAACUCAUAGCACGCGGUGUGGUAGCCUUUUUUGAGGUUUUUGAAGACUUUUGUGAUUUUUGAAGCUUUUCCAAAACUUUUCCGACGCCGUGCUUCGCAAGACGAAAAAAACCGCAAGACGAAAAAACUCGCGGAACGAAUUAAUUUCGUCUUGCAAGGCACCACUGUAAGACUAAGAAGGUAAAGAAUAACAGCGUUUGGAAUGCAGUUAAAGUUUGUUUGUGUCUGCAAUAAACUACACUCUUCUUGGUUAACUUGAGAACCUGACUGAGACUAAGUGAUUUACCGGGGAGGACCUGGUUGGUGGCAGAGGAUUAGUGGUGUAUGGGUCAAUAGUCUGUGAGACGACCGGGGGCUCCGUACGAAAAAAUUGAGAGGGGGCAAAGUGUGUACAUCCCCUUGAGCUCUUUGGAGAAAAGGUGGGGUAGAAAUGUAAUAGCAGUUUUUUAAAAAAUCCAGUUACUGACCUGUUAAAUUGGUGGUAGGACUCUCAGGGCGGUCUAGAAGCGAUUGUACAAGACACUUUCUUCUGAGUGGACUUGCCAUUGUACAGAUAUAUGGUGCGACCGUGUUUGUAAUCCUAUGUAUGGUUCUGGUCAUGCCUCACCUCCAAAAGGAUAUCGCACAAAUGUUCAAGGGGAUGGAGCUACAUAAGGAAAGGUUGCAGCCUUUGAAGGGACCCCAAUGGUCAUCUGUUCCAACCCCCAGCAAUGCAGAGGGAAUAUUUAUAAGUGAGGGAAUACAAUAGUACAUCGAUACGUGACACAACCUCUCAUUCUUACUUUCUUUUCCAAAGGGAGAAUCUUGAACUGACUGCUGAAAGCCUCCUGUUUUGCCUAAAACUCACCUGCUUGCCUGUAGACCAGCAGUGCAUUUCCUGCGUGCGUCUACUCAGAAGUAAGCCCCGCUGAUUUCAACAGGACUCCACUCCCAGGUGAACACAUAUAGGAUUGCACCCUUUUAGGUCUUUUGAGACUAAUCAGGGGCCUCCUCACACAACCUUUGUCCUGGGAAUGGAAGGAACUUUGCAGCAAAAGGACUUUUUGGUCUGGAAGGGAGCUGAGAUGUAUCUCGGAGGUAAAAUGGGUCUUCCAGGCCCAGCAAGGGAGGCGUCAGGAAAAGGCCCCGGCUCAUUUUUGGCUGAGAACUCUGGGGAAUUCCAAAAAAGAAGAGGGCAGAAGAUCCUGAAUGAAGAAGCGGUAAGUUCAAACACUCUCUGCCGGCGCUUCAGGCGUUUCCGCUACCAGGAGGCCGAGGGGCCCCGCGUGGCCUGCAGUCGACUCCACCGUCUCUGCCGCCAGUGGCUCAAGCCGGAAAGGCACACCAAGGCCCAGAUGCUGGACCUAGUGAUCCUGGAGCAGCUCCUGGCUGUCCUCCCCCCGGAGAUGGAGAACUGGGUCAGGGAGUGUGGGCCAGAGACCAGUUCCCAAGCGGUGGCCCUGGCCGAAGGUUUCCUUCUGAGUCGGGAGGAAGACAGAAAGCAGGAAGAGGAGCAGGUGAGAAAGUUGAACACCCUGAUAGUUCUAGGGAGCUGGGAUUGUACCUAAGGAGGGGUUGUUUUUUGUUUUUCUAAAUCAUUUUUAUUAAGUUUUCCAUUUUAACAAUCCAAUCAGGUCACAUUAAAUAUUCCAAAUUAUACAUAUAAAAUAAUCCAAAUAUUCUGAUGAAUUAUAAUUUUUUUGUUGGGGCUUCCCAUGCUUCGAGUUCGGGGGGGGGGCUCUGAUUAUCUCAUAUCUCUGCUGCUUUUGAUAGUCAUUUCUAAUAGUUCCUUUAAAUCUUCCUGUUGUUUUCCUUCUUUCACUGCCUCUGAUUUGUUUCCACAAGCGAGUUGAAGCAAAACGAUGUGUUUCUGUGUGGGUUUUAUGUGUACGAUACCCCUCUGUCUGUGCAGCAUCUCCUCACACGCUGGUAUUUCUGCCGAAUCAAUCCAAAAGUCUUUUCACUGCUGGCAGCCGCCAUCUUCUCUCAGUUCCGAUGAAACAAUUCCAGGCGUCUGCUCAUUAAUUUUCCCAGACCGGUUGCAUCAAACAUUAGCCUUUCCAGGGGAGAUUGACCAAAUCAGACUUGAAAUACAAAUAUAAUGACAUAUUAAGGGCUCAUCUCCCCCUAUGACUUUAUAACUCUGCAGCUCGGUCUUAUUCCAUCAUGGCGGAUUUCCAGAUUAAAAGGAAGGGUUGCAUUUUGACAUGCAGUUCCUUGCAAUGGAGAGAUUUCACCACCUCUAGAGGCCGAUUGUUCCGCUGGUCAGACAAGGCCAUCUGACUUUGCCUGUGGCAAACCUGCAAGCAGGACACGGGCACAAGAGCCCUCUUAACCCCUGAGGUUUCCAACAGCUGUUUUUCAGAAGCCCUGCUGGCUGCAACCGUGGAGAGCAGAGCACGGCCACCAUGGAUUGCCAGAUAGUUAUUCACGAUGCGCUGGGUGGGGAGGCCCAGACAUUCCGCCUGCCCCAUUGAUUUCAGCAGGGUUUUGCAGAGACUUAGGGGAGGGAGGCGUGAAUCCAUCCCUUGGUCGGUAUUGUUUCUCUCAACUCCUCCCCAUUUCCCUGCAUGGGAUCCUUCUGUUCCAGGUGCUGGAAGUGAUCAUCGAUUCCCCCAAGGCAGAGUUUGGCCUGCCCAGUACCUGUCAGGUCCCGUUAUUUGGGGUAAUCAACCAAGAGGAUCGUCCAUGGAACAUGUUACCGGGUAAGGGAGGAUCCCUUUUUGGUGGGGGUGCACCUAGCUGUCAACGUUUCCCUUUUCUAAAGCGAAAUUCCCUUAUCGCGAAUAGGAUUCCUCACAAGAAAAGGGAAAAGUUGACACCUAUGGAUGCAAAGUUCCCAGGAGAAAGUCCAGCUCCCCCUCUCCUCUUGUGGGGCCUGGAAUUCACCCACAGUUUGCUGAUGUACUACUGCUUUCCACAUUUUGCCUCCACCACCUCUUCACAGGGAACGGGAUGACAUCACCGCCACCCCCUGAAAGGUCUCUUAAGGGCGGAGCAGAAGCAGCUGCUGUGCAGCCGGCUCAGGUAAGGAAAGGAUCAUUGAAAAAUAUUUGCAAGGCAGGGAGAGACUGAUUGAUAUCAAAACUGUGUAUGUACAGUGAGGGGGAUAAAGUAUUUGAUCCCCUGCUAAAUUUGCCCGUUUGCCCUCUGACGAAGAAAUGACCAGUCCAUAAUUUUAAUGGUAGGUUUACUGUAGCUGUGAGAGACAGAAUAACAAUGGGGAAAACCCCCAGAAACCCAGAAGACAAAAGUCAGAGAUUGAUGUGCAUUAUAAUCUCAAAGAGCCAGCAGAUAUCAGGCUACCUGGUAUCUUCAUGUCCCAGUUUUUAAUGUUUGAUGUUUUAUCAUGUUUUUAUUAUUUUGUUGGGAGCCGCCCAGAGUGGCUGGGAAAACCCAGCCAGAUGGGUGGGGUAUAAAUAAAUUGUUGUUGCUGUUGUUGUUGUUGUUAAUGAACUGCUUUGACACUGUCAUUUAUUGUUGGAAAAGCAGAAUAAUUUUUUAAAAUAUUAUAUUAAAUCAGCCCUGUAGGGAAAUUACCUUUCCCUGCACACAUCAAACAUCUCUCUCCUCAUUUGGGAGUGAAGGACUACCAUUAUCCUUUGACUUGCCUGUUAACAGGGGAACACCACAUUCUUCCUCCCCCUCUUCUUCUUCCAGGGUCCCCUGUCCUUUGAGGAGGUGGCUGUGUGUUUCACAGAGGAUGAGUGGUCUCUGCUGGAUCCAGGCCAAAGAACAUUGUACAGAGAAGUCAUGCUGGAGAAUUCCCGGAAUGUGGCCUUGCUGGGUAAAGGAUUUCAUAUUAUUAUUUUACUUUAGCAGUUUCUGUAUUGCCUUAACUGCACAAGUCUAUAAUCUGUGCACAAUAAAUGCAGUUCAGGGAAGAUUCAAAUAAUUAGUUAAAAUGGUGAAUUAAGAAUUCACUUAAAGGAUCAAUCUUUGCUCCGAGUUUAGGUAGCCUCUGCUGUUUCCAGCAACUAGUACUUAGAAGCAGCAGCAUCAUGGCAAGUAGCCAUUGAUAGCCUUUACCUCCAUAAAGCCAUCCACAUUGAUGAGCAUCACCUCCUCUUGUGGGAACAAGCUCCAUAGUUCAACUAUGUGUUGCAUGAAGAUGUACUUCUCAUUUUAUUAAAGCAAUAAUUUUAGUUUAAAGAGAUAAUUUUAUUAAAUGAUAAAGAAGGGAACACAGUCUAGGAACCUGUUUCUGUUGAAUUAUACACAACACCUCUAAGGGCAGAUCCAUUGAAAACGUGCAUUCAAAACACACAUUCAAAGCACAGGACUUCCCUCAAAUCCUGAGAACAUCCGUUUCAUUCUGACAGAGUUACAGUUGCCAGCACCCUUGAUAAAAUACAGUUCCCAGGAUUCAUUUGAGGAAGCUUGAAUGUUGGAAAGGACCACAAGGGUUCUCUAGUCCAACCCCCAGCAGUGCAGGAAUCUCAGCCAAUGCAUCCAUGACAGAUGGCCAUCCAACUUCUACUUAAAGACCACCAAGGAAGGAGAGAGCCCACAACCUCCCGAGGGAAACCGUUCCACAGUCAAACCACUCUUACUGCCAGAAAGUUCUUCCUGAGGUUUAGUCGGAAUCUCCUUUCUAGCGUAUCCAGAGGUACCACUGUACCUUGAAUCCAUUGGUUUGGAUAAACCUGAUGUGCCUUGACUAAACCACAUAUGUGCAGCCUCUUCUCUAUGGGAGUGAAUUUGGUUUGUUGAAAAGCUUUCUGCCCUUUCCUUCUUUUUAAAAAAAAUUUAUUAACAAUUUCAACAUAACAAAAUAUCAAAACAUAACAUAUUCAUUACUUUUUUCCCUCCCCCCCCCACUUCCGCAACAAGACUUUCCUCAGCUCCUCUCUCUGAUUUCUCAACACAUGUUGUUCUCUGCAUACUGUAAAAUCGUAUAAAUCCUUACAUUAUCUAUCUACCAUGCUAUCAAUCAAUAAAUUUGUGUAUGUUUAUUCAAAACCUGCCAAGGAGUCCAGUUCAUUUUGUUGUCUUUUUAGAUAAUUUGUAAAAAGUUCCCAUUCUUCUUUGAAGUCACAGUUGUCCUUAUCUCGCAGUUUGUAUGUCAGUUUAGCCAGUUCUGCAUAGUUCUUGCCACUGUUCUUUUGUCGGGGUUUCCUCAUUCUUCCAUCCUUGUGCUUUCAAGACUCUUGCUGCUGUUGUAGCAUAUAUAAACGAAUUCUUUAUUUUCCUUAGCAGGUCUUGUCCUACAAUCCCUAACAGAAAUGCUUCUGGUUUUUUUACAAAUGUCAUUUUAAACAUUUUCUUCAAUUCAUUAUAUAUCAGCUUUCCGCCCUUUUUAACCAGGCUCCUCUCUUUUCUUCCAGAAGGUGAUGGGUGGCCCAGUAAGGAUGAGGAGGGACCAUCCAGAGAGUCCUCGGAAAGGAGCAAGUAUCAAGAGACAGAAGAGGAAAUCAGAAAUCACAAAGGGCCAAAAAAUCAGGAGCGGAAUCAGCUGGAGGUGUGGAUGAACGAAUCAGUUAAUUGGCAGGGCAGCAGCUUCCCCAAAGUUCCUAUUCAGCAAGAAAAGCAGAAAGGAGCAAAGAGGAACGUCUGCCCGGUGUGCGGGAAAGGGUUCGGUCACAAAUCGGACCUUAACGUGCACUGGCGAAUCCACACAGGGGAGAAGCCAUUCAAAUGCCUGGAAUGCGGCAAGAGCUUCACCCAGCGUGCAAACCUUGCGUCGCAUCAAAGGAUCCACACGGGGGAGCGGCCCUACAAAUGCGCCGAGUGCGGAAAGGGCUUCUACGACAAGUCGAGCCUCGCUAUCCACCAAAGAAUCCACACGGGGGAGAAGCCGUACCAGUGCUUGGUGUGUGGAAAGAGCUUCCACCAGAGCUUCGGCCUCACCUCUCACCAGAGGAUCCACACGGGGGAGAAGCCCUACGUCUGCUCGUACUGCGGGAAGGGCUUCUACGACAAGCCGCACCUCACCAGGCACCAAAGGGUCCACACCGGCGAGAAGCCGUACAAAUGCUUGGUGUGCGGGAAGAGCUUCAGCCAGAUCACGAGCUACACGUCCCACCAGAGAAUCCACACGGGGGAGAGGCCCUUCAUGUGCUCCCACUGCGGGAAGAGCUUCUACGACAAGUCCAACCUCCUCACCCACCAAAGAAUCCACACCGGGGAGAAGCGGUACAAGUGCCUGGAGUGCGGGAAGAGCUUCAGCCAGAAGAAGAACCUGACUUGCCACCAGAGCAUCCACACCGGCGAGAAACCUUACCAGUGCCUGGAGUGUGGGAAAUACUUCCGCCAGCACACGGACCUCACUUCCCAUCAGAGAAUCCACACGGGAGAGAAGCCGUACCAGUGCCUGGAAUGCGGGAAGAGGUUCUAUAGGAAAGCCGAUCUAAACAGGCACCAGAGGAUUCACGUCGGGGCGGGGAACCCCAUCAUUUCCUGGAACGUUGAGAUGCCUUCAGAAGGGGUAUCGGUCUUGCGUCCUAUCAGAGAAUUCGCCCAGGAGAGCCAGUAUGUCACCCCUGAGAUGCUGCUGAAUCACCCCUUGUUAGUCAUUGAGGAAUCCACAUAGCAGAGGCUCCUCCUGUUGUUGUUUAGUCGUGUCCGACUCUUUGUGACCCCAUGGACCAGAGCACGCCAGGCCCUCCUGUCUUCCACUGCCUCCCACAGUUUGGUCAAACUCAUGCUGGUAGCUUCGAGAACACAGUCCCACCAUCUCAUCCUCUGUCGCCCCCUUCUCCUUGCGCCCUCCAUCUUUCCCAACAUCAGGGUCUUUUCCAGGGAGUCUUCUCUUCUCAUGAGGUGGCCAAAGUACUGGAGCCUCAGCUUCAGGAUCUGUCCUUCCAGUGAGCACUCAGGGCUGAUUUCCUUCAGAAUGGAUAGGUUUGAUCUUUUUGCAGUCCAUGGGACUCUCAAGAGGCUCCUCCUAGUUCCCCCAAAUAAAUAUUUGGGGUGUGGAAAAGGAUCAAGCUAUUUAAAUAUGCAGACUUUUUUAAAUAAACCAGACAUCAAUGCAGACACAGACUGAUGCUGGUAGCUGUCACCCUUCUGGGAAAAAAAAAAGAGUAGGCCCCACAUUUAUUUACUUGGGUAUAUUAUAGCCUAUGGCACCCUUCAGGUGAUUUUGGACUACAGCACCUAACAGCUGCACACUAGUACGCCCAUUGCAGUCCAAAAACCUCUGAGGGAGGCUGCUAUAAUGCAUGUUUUUAUGCCUUACUGGGUCCUGUUAUUAUUUCUUGACUGGUUUGCAUGAAGCUUCCUUUUAUUUCCCCUGUGCCUUAGUUUUUUUAUUAAAAAUUAUUAUGAUUAAUAUAUAUAUAUAUAUAUAUAUAUAUAUAUAUACACAUUUGAUGGAAACUAUUUCUUUCCAUUGGUCUGGAAUUCUGACUGUGCCCUGCCUUUUGUAGUCAACGCACAUUAAAACACGUUUAGCU